AUGUAUAAGCUACCCGUCAAAACAUCCUACGAGUCCAACGACAUCCCCAUCCCGGAAGACUUCCUAAAUUCGGAGCCGCACGAUGCACAGCCUAUCGCUUUCAAAAAGAUAGACUUCGCUGAUACCGUGCUGACAGAGUACAAGGGCCUGUACGCCGUGGUGCUAGACCAUGUUAUCAGCCCGUCCGAGUGUGCCAAGCUCAUUGAGCUGGCCGAAGCUAGUGUACCCCCUAAGAACAAAAACAAGAUAAACGGGUCUUCCUGGGCACCUGCGCUCGUCAAUGUUGGUGAUGGAUACGAGGCCGAGGUAUUGGAUUAUCGCAACAGCGACCGCAUUAUCUGGGACCAGCAGGACAUCGUCGAUCGUCUUUGGGCACGUCUAGAGCAAGUCCCAGAGAUCAAAGACGCGCUCCUCACGUCGGAGCAGCCAAAGGGAACGGUGUGGGAUUUCCAGCGCCUCAACAAGCGCAUGCGCUUUUUAAAGUACGGCCAGGGCCAGUUUUUCAGGCCGCAUUGCGACUCCCCUUACGGCGAGACUGGAGAAGAUGGGAAAUCGGUGCUUACGCAUUAUACCUUGCACUUAUACCUGAACGACUCGAAGCAGGAGGUUGGUGACGCGGCUGAUCUAGUCGGCGGCGCGACGUCCUUCCUAUCGUCUAAUCAAAAGCGGAAACUCGACGUGAAUCCUAAAGCUGGUCGGAUCCUAAUCUUUCAGCACCGGAGGCUGUAUCAUGCGGGAGAUGAUGUCUUGGAUGGGAUCAAGUAUACGAUGAGAACGGAUAUUAUGUAUACUAUUCGGGAUUAA